AAGAAUUUUAGAAUUCUUUUUGAAGAUUCCAUAAUCAUUUGACCUAAAACAGACAUAGAAAUAAAAUAAUAGAGUAAUAAGACUAGAAAAAUUUAUUUAACUAGAAAUUGCUAAGAAUAGUCCAAAUAUCUAUAAAUAUACAUAAAAAGGACUUUCAACUUUUGAAAUAUCACAAAUAUUAAAAAUUAUUUCAUAGAUAAUCUAUAUCAUAUGACUUAUUUCUCGGAAUUUAAUAAUUAUUGUGUAUUAGUCUUUUCCCAUAAAUGCCCUUUAUUAAUAAUUGUUUUGGCAAGAGAGAUUAUAGGGAUAUAUAAAGAAUUGUUUCAUGCUAUUGAAGAAUAAAGUAUUUAAUUAUUUAAUAUUUUUAGGGUUAAAAAAACAAGAGAAAAAUUGAAAUAAAUAACGAAAAUUGGAGAUGAAG